CUCUUAUUUAUCUUUUCACAAGAAACAUUUCUAUCAAUUUUUUCUUAACUUUGGAUUAAGAAUCAGUAAUUUAUUUGCUGCAAGGAACAUAGCCACAAAUAUAGAGACAAGAUCAGUGUGUGGUCCAAAAAUGUACGAAGAAAGUGGUUGCUUUGAUCCCAAUGCAAUGAUGGCACAGGGCACAGAAGAAUGCUUCCCCCAAAUGGUUUCGGUGUCAGAGGCAGCACUUGAGGCAGUUAUGACUGCCACUGCAACACAAUCUCAAAGCAUGUUUGCGGUGGAAAACUUACCCUUACCCUACUCAUACUCCAGUGGAGAAGAUGCUGCAAUGGAGAUCAAUGCACAAAAACCAUACAAUCAUAUCCAUAACUUGAAGACCCAGUUAGUGGAAUUGGCGAAUCAUGGUGAUGAUGGUUCAAGUCAUGAGCUUUAUUCCUUUCCCCUCCAACACCAGAAUCAUCAAUUUCCUUAUCCCACACCAACACCAGAUCUCCUUAACCUUCUCCACUUGCCAAGAAACUCCCUUGAAAACCCAACCAAUAGCACAAACAUUUCCUCUCUUUCCUAUGACCCUUUCUUGCAUCUCAACCUGCAACCACCUCCCCAAGCUGCACUCAGAGAGUUGCUUCCACACAUGCCAGCUCCAAGAAAUGAUUUUGCAUUUGAAGGAAGUGGAGUUGGCUUUCAUCAAGAUUUUGGAAAUGAGUUCACUCAAGAUGUGAGCUAUGUAGGGAAAAAGAGAGGGGGCAAAAGGACCAAGCUGUUUACCAGUACCACUGAGAGACAAAGGAGAGUGGAUUUGAGUAGUAAAUUUGAUGCUUUGAAGGAACUCAUCCCAAACCCCUCCAAGAGUGAUAGAGCAUCGGUGGUGGGAGAUGCUAUUGACUAUAUUAGAGAACUUUUGAGGACAGUGAACGAACUGAAAUUAUUGGCGGAGAAGAAAAGGCACGAGAAACAAAGGGUGAUGAUGAUGAUGAGGCACAGGGUUGAAACUGAAGGUGAGUCCAAGCUUGAAGCAGUUGGUGACCCAGAUGAUGGUUCCUACAGUGAAAGCUUGAGAAGUUCAUGGAUACAAAGGAAAUCCAAAGACACCGAGGUUGAUGUGCGCAUUGUUGACAACGAGGUAACAAUUAAGCUUGUUCAGAGGAAGAAGGUCGAUUGCUUGGUGCAUGUCUCACACGCUCUGGAUGAACUUAACUUGGAUCUCCAACAUGUUGCUGGUGGCCACAUUGGCGAUUUCUGCAGCUAUCUCUUCAAUACCAAGAUAUGUGAAGGUUCCUCAGUUUAUGCGAGUGCCAUAGCCAACAAGGUCAUUGAGGUCAUGGACGCAAGUUUUGCAGCAGCUUGAAUAUGUUAUCACUUUGGAUCGCUUCAGCACCAGAUUGUGCUGUGGUUCUUAUCAUGAAACUACUCGUUUGAUAUUUUUAUUCUUGUUUAGUUGUUAUUUUUCCUCUUUAUUUAUUAUCUAUUCCUUAAAGUUGACAUAGGUUCAAUCGGUAUUUGGUAGACAUAUAUAUAAACAGAAACAAGAACUAUAUAAACUCAAAUGAUGUUCUUCUUUG